ACCCCCUCCGCCUCUCUUCGUUCACUUGACAGCAGCAGAGAAUCUGCCAGAUCUGAUUUGCCGAGUUGCGAGUUGGGUUAACUUCAAAAGUGGGUGUCACCGUCAGACGAACUUCAGAGGUUGCUCGCUACCAUCGCGUUUCUACCAUCUUCUCCCUGUCGGCGCAAUGGACGGCUUCGCUGACAACUUCGACCAAGCUGAGGUGGACCCAGCGGCAGAAUUCAUCGCCCGCGAGCAGAAUGAACUGGCCGGCCUGGACGAUGACAUCUCGGCCGCUCCGGCCGCGCCUGUCCCCGUGAUUACGAACGAUGAGGACCCCUUUGGUCUGCCCCGUGCACAAGAUGAAGAACAAGACCCCUUUGCAAGCUUUGGACAGUCUCAAGCGGUUCCACUUGAUUCCUCUGAUGUGAAGAAUUCUCCAUUUGAUUCCCACACUAUGAUGACUUCACCAUUUGACCCUGAGGGUGAUACAUUUGAUCAGUCUUUGCAAGAUAAGAACGAGUUAUUCUCGGAGGAUCUAGUACAAGAUGAUUUUCAGAACCAAGAGGGAGGUCAGAAUAGUUUUGGUGAUGCGCCAAGUGAGAAUCAGCUUGCCAGUGCUGACCCUGCUGAAGAGGAAAGUCCCAGUCCUGCUCAUCGCCCUACACUUGUGCGCGAAGAACCUGAAAAGAUCAAGAAGUGGAGAGAGGAACAGAAAACCCGCCUGGAAGAAAAAGAUGCCAAUGAGGAAAAGAAGAGAGAAGAAUGGCAAGAAGCAGCCAAGAAAGAGCUGGAAGAAUGGUACCGUCAUCAUGAUGAUCUAAUCGCCAAAACUCGAUCUGCUAACCGUGAAUCUGCUAUAAAUGCUGAGAAGCAGUUUGUAGCAGAUGAUGAAGAGAUUGAGCCGGGUACUGAAUGGGAGCGAAUCGCUAAGCACUGCGAUUUCAACCCUAAAGCCAGCAAGGGCAGCAAAGAUGUGUCACGAAUGCGCUCUAUUAUCCUGCAAUUGAAGCAGAAUCCUCUGCCAGUCAAUGGGUUUGGCAACAAACGGUCUUGAAUGGCAGUCAUGGGCAAUGGUGAGUGCUGAUGUGUCUCUUGCUGCUUUCAAUGUAUCUGACAAAUGGUACCUUGUGGUAGAGAAUUGAACUUGUUGUUUUGAGAACUGAGAAAUCAUGUGCGUUGUUCAAAUGUGCAAUUGCAAUUUAAUUUGUCAUAUAAGUGAAUAGUAACAAUUUCAAUACUUGUCCAUACUGGAUAGGCCAAGAGAAUCCAAUUUGUUCUUCUUUGGUUCAGUUGAGCUGAAAUUGUUUAAUUUGUAGUUGAAUGAAUGUACCAGUCAAAAUGCAAAGUUUUGUUUUAAUAACAUGUAUCGGUGGAAACAUAACGGGAAAUGUGAUUCAAUUUUGUACAUUCCUUGCACUAUUUAGGAACUAGUGCUUUGUUAAUAUCGGAUCACAAUUUUAUAAUGUUGCUGAAGUAUUCAACCAAUUUUUGUCAACCAUUCAAAGUGUGGGUUUUUCCUUUCAGAUUCUUGUUGCUAUUCUUUACAGUGUUUACUGUGGGAACGAUUAUUGCAUAAUGCAAGUUGUUUCUGGGUUGUUAUAGUUGAAAUUCUAUUUUUUAUGGAUGCUUAGUCCAGUCAUGUCCAAAGUACCCUGUAUUAUUUUUAUUUUAAAUGAACUUCUUUUGUCGAUAAUACUGCUUAUUUUAUUCUGAUUUUAAAGUCCUCUGUACCAAAAGAAGUAUUCAAUACAUAUGUAGUUAUUACUAUGUGGUUAUUCCUUUACGGCAGAUCCAGAACUGUUAGAAUUUUCUACAUUGUGAUCAUAGUAUGCUCUACUGUGUUUCUUUGGAGUUGCAGUCUGUAUAUAAUCUAUUGUAUGGUCUUGAGCUUUGUAAUGUGAGAAUUAUGAAAAGAUAAAUAUAGUGGUCUGAAAAUA